AUGUUGGCACGCACCACCGCUCUACUCGUAUUGGGCUACCUGCACGGGACUUUCAGCGCGGCCGUCCCAGCCGCCGUCAGCAACUAUGCCGACCCCACUAGCAGCGUAUUCGCUAGCCAUUAUCCAAACAAGAAUGAAGCCCCGAGGUUGAUUCCGGGCCUACAGCCCAAGAAGACCGCGGCAAAAUCAACCAACACUCUGUAA